GUUGUUGAUACCAAAACUAAUAAAUGCAUGCUUCCUAUUAUCACUGAAUCGAGUCUUUCUUCUUCUUUCCCUCAACAUAUCACAAGAGAAAUCCAGAGCUGAUCCACCGGGCCAUUACCGGGAGUGUCGUCGUAGCGAGCCGCUACUCAUAUCAACUCCGGUCCCCACCGAAGCUCAUUCUCCAUACCUUAGCAUACAUCACGAUCGUUACAUGUGUCGUCCCCUCCCUCUUCGCUGCUCGUCGUUGAGCGAUCAAGCCAUCAAAGCUUAACCCGGGAACGACGCAAAGGCUGAAGCUAUCAAUAUAUCUUCAAGAUGCGCUCGCAGGUGUCUGCGGUUAUCGCCGGCGUGAGUUACGAGCUUCUAAAGAGAGCUUCCGAGGAAGAUGGAGAAGAAGAUGGUGGCCCUGACACGUCUCAACGAGAGAUCUUCUCAUCAUGGGCCCUCUUCAUUAUGAUCAUGCUCCUUAUUGUAGCGCUUUUCACGAGUUACAUGCUACAACAGAAGAGGGUUGAGGCCGUGCAUGAAACAGUGAUAUCGAUAUUUGCUGGUAUGACUGUUGGCCUGAUUCUUCGACUAACCACCGGCACUUCGAUCCAAAAUCUAGUCAGCUUUGACUAUCAGAUAUUUUUCAAUCUUCUACUUCCUCCGAUCAUCCUCAAUUCGGGCUACGAGCUACAUCAGGCGAAUUUCUUUCGGAACAUCGGGACGAUCUUGACUUUCGCAUUCGCUGGAACGUUCAUAUCUGCCAUUGUGCUAGGAAUAGUCCUGUGGUUGUACACUCGCAUCCCAUUCGACGGCUUUGAAACCAAUUUGACUUUCGUUGACGCAAUCUCGGUGGGGGCAACACUUUCAGCUACCGACCCCGUUACUAUCCUGGCGAUUUUCAAUACCUACAAAGUGGAUCCAAAGCUAUAUACUGUCAUUUUUGGAGAAUCUAUCCUGAAUGAUGCUGUUGCCAUUGUACUGUUCGAGACGGCCCAACGGUAUAAGGAGGGCGCUGCGGGAGGAACCCUAGGUUUCGUAUCACUUCUUGAAGGUAUCGGCAUCUUCUUGGCCGUCUUCUUCGGGAGUUUGCUCAUAGGAGUAAUUAUUGGCAUUGCAACAGCGCUAGGUUUGAAGUACACAUAUGUCAGGAGGCUUCCGAAGAUUGAGAGCUGUUUGAUUGUCUUGGUUGCAUAUGCCAGUUAUUUCUUUGCAAAUGGCUUGCACAUGUCUGGAAUUGUUACUCUCCUUUUCUGUGGAAUCACGCUUAAGCACUACGCGUACUACAACAUGUCGCGUCGAACACAGCUCACCACGAAAUACAUCUUCCAGGUUCUGGCUCAGUUGUCGGAGAAUUUUAUAUUCAUCUACCUGGGAUUGUCUCUGUUCACAGAGAGCCGGCUGGCAUUCAAACCCCUUUUUAUCAUCGUGACUGUUAUUGGAAUCUGCAUUGCACGAUGGACGGCGGUAUUCCCGCUCUCAAGAGCUAUUAAUUGGUUCAUCAGAUACAGAGCAAAGAGGAAGGGCAAGGAUGUCGCAGAUGAAUUGCCCUAUAGCUACCAAGUAAUGUUAUUCUGGGCGGGAUUACGCGGAGCUGUAGGAGUGGCUCUAGCAGCUGGAAUGAUAGGGCCCAACGCGUGGGCUUUGAAAGCAACCGUUCUGGUAGUUGUUGUGCUUACGGUUAUCAUCUUCGGUGGAACGACGGCCCGCAUGCUUGAGAUACUGGGUAUCAAAACAGGGGUGGUGGAAGAAAUCGAUAGCGACGACGAAUUCGACAUCGAGGCUGUUUCGGGAGGUGGCACCUACUUCAAGAAUUCCGGAACAGUAGUCGGUAAUAUUCCAAGACGAGGAAGCGUAUCAGUACCGCUGAAUGGCCUUGGAAACUCAGGCAGACAAAUUUAUGCGAGCGGGAACAACAGCCCGCAUAAUAGACCCUCAAGUCUGAGUAGGAAAAAUUCCAACGCGAGGAACACCACGCACGAGAGUGAGCAGGAGUUACUCAGAACAGAGAACGAUUCCGACAUCGAUAGUGACACAUCCGAUCUUCCACCCGCAGCAAGACGAUCCCCCCGACGAAGAUCGAGACCAGACAUCGACACAGAUGUCAGCACUCCCUAUCCCACAUCUGGCCGUAAUGAAACCCCGCAGCAUAUCACUGCGACAGGGGCAAUCAGCCAGCUGUUUCAUGGCACAGCCGAUGAUCACGCAGCAUGGUUCAAGCAACUGGAUGAAGAAUUCAUUAAACCGAAAUUGUUGCUCGAUGGUGGGAAAGGUACGCACGGUGGACCGAGUGGGAGUUAGUCUUUAGCACGGACAGGAGGGAAUAAAACCAAGCGCUGGAUAGGAGGCAUAAUGGUUG